AAAAAAGCAGAGGUACGGAGGUUGUGCCCAUGAGUCAGUGAAAAAAAAAAUCGAUUUAAAAACGUCGUCGCCUGUUUGAUUAUUUAUAUGUUUCUUCACCAACUCUAAACCAUGUUCAACCCAAGUACUCGUGCUGCUGCUGGUGCAGUCAGUAAGAGGUUCAUUAGAAACAAAAUAACUUCGAGCUCGACCUCAGCACUUGCUUAUAAAACUUUACAUCGUAAUCAAAAAAGACCUCCAUUACCAACUUUAGAAACUCCAAAUUGGUCAGCGGAUGCAGCAGUUUCUUCUAUUCUUUAUGAAACUCCAGUUCCAUCCAAGGCUCCAAGAAAACAACACGUUUUGAAUUGUUUGGUUCAAAAUGAACCAGGGGUUUUAUCAUCAGUUUCCGGAACUUUAGCCGCUCGUGGAUUCAAUAUUGAUUCUUUAGUUGUUUGUUCAACUGAAGUUAAAGAUUUAUCAAGAAUGACCAUUGUUUUAGGAGGUCAGGAUGCAGUUAUUGAACAAGCAAGAAGACAAAUUGAAGAUUUAGUCCCGGUUUAUGCGGUUUUGGAUUAUACUAAUGCUCAAAUUAUUAAACGUGAAUUAUUAUUAGCAAGAGUUUCAUUAUUAGGUCCAGAAUACUUCCAAGAAUUAAUCGCCACUCAUAAAUUACAUACCAGUGAAGCAACCUCGAUCCCUGAUUUAAGUGCUACUGAACUGCAAUUCCAUCCAAAUAAUUUGGUUCCAAGUGAAGCUUUAAGACAAAAACAUCUUCAUUUAGAACAUAUUUCAACAAUCACCGAAAAAUUCGGCGGUAAAAUCGUAGAUAUCUCCACUAGAAACGUCAUUGUUGAAUUAAGUGCCAAACCAAGUCGUGUUUCUAGUUUUAUUCAAUUAUUACAUCCUUUUGGUAUUUUAGAAAUCGCCAGAUCUGGUAUGAUGGCUUUACCAAGAACUCCUUUGGAUGGUAAUAACGUCGAAGAUGAAGAACCUAUCGACGCUGCCGACAUCGUCGACGCUUCUCAAUUACCUCCUGGUUGAGUAUUUAUUAGUGUAAAUAUAUAUAUAUAUUGUUUAAUUCUAUUGAUUCUGUAAGAUUUUG